AUGUCUGAAUUCACCCAAGCUCACCAGUUUCAGCCUCAUUACUACCCUGACGAUACUGCGCAAUUCUGGGAGAGACGUGCUCUGCGACGAAACAAAUAUUCCUGCAAGAACCUUGCCGGUUCAUUUCUACGAGACCUGCCCGCAAGGGUUGAGUCGGUCCUUAUUUGGGACGGCUCUGCGCUCAAAUCAACUGAUUAUGUUUUCCAACUUAAUGAGACGCACCUUGGAGAGAUCAAGCAUGCAUGUGCCAAGUUCAUGGAAUCCGGUCGAAAGUUACGUGAAGUUUCGCCUAAGACGUUCAGCAUACCAUUGUUGGCAGAGGCAUUAACGGAGAGGCGACAGACGCUACACACUGGAGUUGGUAUGUUGCUACUUCGUGGCCUUGGUCCGGUCAGCUUCAGCCGUAGAGAAAAUAUCUGUGUCUUUGCUGGACUCGCAUCACACCUCUGCGAAGAAUUUGGCAAACAAUCUGGUGGCAAGGUCGUUACCCACAUCAAAGACCUGGCUUCUAUCGAUAAGCUGAACGGUCUGAACGGAUGUGCAGCGCCGUAUUGCAACGUCGCGCUUCCACUUCACACUGACAGCGGCGAUGUGGUGGCAAUGUACGCUCUCGAAACGACAGCUACUGGAGGCUACGGUACUUUUGCCUCUGUGGGAUCUGUAUACAACCAGCUAGCUCGUGAUGACCCUGAACUGCUGACUGUUUUAUUCAAGAAUGACUGGCCCAUGGACCGUCCACCGGACAAGAAAGGACUGGAUGGAAACGGCCUCUACUACCGUCGUCCCAUCAUGUUCAUGCACGAAGGUGCACCAGAGAUGGCCUUCAGCCGAGGCGCACUCAUACGUUCUCCACGUGGGACAAGGUCCUUGGAGAUCCCGAAUAUCACCAUGCUUCAAAACGACGCACUAGACGCCGUACACUAUGCAGCUCACCAGAGCUUGCACCGUAUCAACUACGAGACAGGAGAUAUGUUGUUCUUCAACAACCGAAAGAUCAUACACGGCCGCGAUGAGUUUCACGAUGGCGAGGGUAAAACUCGACACAUGUUGAGACUUUGGCUCAAAGACGAAUCCAUGGCAGGACCGCCGCCUCAUCCCGCUCUGCAGCUCCAGUGGAACAAAAUUUUUCGGGCUGGGCUUUCUGAUACUCCAGAGGAUUCAGAAUGGCCCAUGGAGCCGGAUAGACUUUGA